CUGGGGUGGUCCAGGAUGGGUCCUCUCUCCUGAUUGGGCGAACAGAGUGAAACUCUUUAAAUGUUCAGGGUGCAUGCCAGUCUGUGAGUGCUUCUGGCCAAAGGCAUCAGAGUUCUCGGCUGCUAUAAUGGAUCCUGGCAGCUUGCUGUACCUGCUGCUCCUCUGCACCGUGGGGGUCCUCACCAAGCCCACCUUCCGAAGGGAAAGGAUCCGUCUGGACCCCGAACUUCACAACCAGGUUCCAGAGGACAACCAGAGCUUCCAGCUGGAUCACGAAGCCUUCCUGGGAAAGGAUGAGGCUAAAACCUUCGACCAGCUCACCCCAGAGGAGAGCAAAGAGAGGCUGGGGAAAAUUGUCGACCGAAUAGACGGCGAUAAAGAUGGGUUCAUUAACACCGAUGAGCUGAAAACAUGGAUCAAACGGGUGCAGAAGAGAUAUGUUUAUGAAAAUGUUGCACGUGUCUGGAAGGACUAUGAUGUCAACAAAGAUAAUCAUAUUUCUUGGGAAGAAUACAAACAAGCCACGUAUGGAUAUUAUCUCGCAAACCCAGAAGAAUUUCAAGAUGCUGCAGAGCAAUUCAACUUCAAGAAAAUGUUGCCUCGAGAUGAAAGGAGAUUUAAAAGGGCCGAUCUUAACGGGGAUCUACAAGCAAACCGGGAAGAGUUCACCGCUUUUCUCCACCCAGAGGAGUUUGAACACAUGAAGGAUAUUGUGAUAUUGGAAACCUUGGAGGACAUAGACAAGAACGGUGAUGGCUUUGUGGAUGAAGAUGAAUAUAUAGCGGACAUGUUUGUGCAUGAAGAAGGUGGUCCAGAACCUGACUGGGUAGAAACUGAAAGGGAGCAGUUUGCAGACUUCCGAGACCUUAACAAGGACGGCAAAAUGGAUAAAGAUGAAAUCAGGCACUGGAUUCUGCCUCAGGACUAUGAUCAUGCGCAGGCCGAAGCCAGACAUCUGAUCUACGAAUCUGACCAAAAUAAGGACAAAUUGUUAACGAAAGAUGAGAUACUACAGAAUUGGAACAUGUUUGUCGGAAGUCAAGCUACAAAUUAUGGUGAAGACCUCACUAGAAAUCACGAUGAGCUGUGAUUUAAAGACGCUGUGACGCUUUUUUAUUCACUUGGCUUUCUACUAAAUUUCAUAAUAUUUGCACAAACAAAAACUAUACUAUUUCCAUUACCUCAAUACGGGUAUAAUACUUACCUUAGUCUUCUAGCAUUUAAAAAGGUUCUACAGACGGAUUUUAAUGUGAUUACAAAAACUAUAUCUGGAUUUGUGGACUUUUCUUCUUUUUUUUUUU